AUGCAUGCCUGGACGGAUUCAACUACCACUCUCGCGUGGAUAAAAUCGUCACCACAUAGGUGGGCUACAUUCGUCGCAAACAGAACCAGCCAGCUUCAGAGUCUCACACCACCAUCGCUGUGGCGUUACGUCCCAACAGGUGAAAAUCCAGUUGACUGUGCGUCUCGUGGACUCUACCCAACGGAAUUAAUGCAACAUCCAAUGUGGUGGAACGGACCUGCCUUCCUCUCCAAGGAAGAUAGCACGUGGCCACCAUGUUCCACACUCAGCGUGCCACAUUCGACGAACCUCGAAAUCCGGCACACCACUCUGUUGUUAAUCUCAGCCACUACUAUCUUCGACCAACUGUUUCUCCGGAUUUCUUCACUGCGAAAAAUUAUCCGCAUCGUCGCCUACUGUAUACGAGUAGUUGUCCGAGAAAAGCAAAGUACCAGAAACCUGUCGCCUACGGAGCUAGCUCAUGCUUUGAAAGUUAUUAUACUUGCCGUGCAACAAAACGCAUUUGCUGAUGAACUUACACGGCUCCGAGAUCCAAAGAACAAAAGUAUCAGUAAACUCCGUGCCCUAAAUCCAUUCAUUGAUGAACGUGAACUUAUUCGAGUUGGAGGUCGAUUAGUUCACGCAGACAUUCCUUAUGAACAGAAACAUCCCAUACUCUUGCCACGCUCACAUCGAUUCACAGAUCUGCUCAUCGACGACUUCCAUUUACAACAUAAACAUCCUGGAGCUACAACACUACAAUCAAUCAUUCAACAACAAUAUUGGAUCAUAGCUAGUCGACAAGUCAUCAAAUCUCGACUCCGACUCUGCAUCGCUUGUUACAGACUCCGUCCUCGUAGCGUUCAGCCAGUCAUGGGGAACCUACCAAAGUUUCGGCUGCAGCAAAUCAAACCGUUUGUCGUCACAGGAGUUGACUAUGCCGGACCAAUAGCUUUGAAAACGUCAACAACUCGCCGAGCUAUCCCAUGCCAAGCGUACAUAUGUCUAUUUGUCUGCAUGACAACCAAAGCACUACAUUUGGAACUCGCUUCGGAUUUAUCCACAGAAGUGUUUUUGAUGGCUAUGUGUCGGUUCAUUUCCCGCCGUGGCCCUGUUGAACAAAUACAUAGUGAUUGUGGCACUAACUUUGUGGGUGCAGCAAACUUAUUCCACACCGUUGACAACUUCACUCGAUCCACAGAGUAUCAGACAAAAUGCCGAGACUACCUCACUGAACGUAACAUCAGCUGGCAUUUCAACCCACCAUCUGUCCCUCACUUUGGAGGACUGUGGGAGGCUGGAGUCAAAUCGGUCAAAACGUUACUAUAUCGAACUCUCGGGCUCCAGAGACUAAAAUACGAGGAACUCGCUACAUUAUUGAGUCGAAUCGAAGCGACAUUAAACUCAAGACCAUUGGGGGCGCUGAGUCAUGACCCUCGCGACUUCGAGGCGCUCACGCCCAGUCAUUUUUUAACUCUAAUGCCCAGCACGGCGAUUGUUGAACCAAACAUAGACUCAGUCCCAUUAUCACGUCUCCAGCGUUGGAGACUCAUCAAGGAUCUACACACCCAUUUCUGGAAACGUUGGCAGCGUGAUUACUUGCAAACCCUACAACGUCGAAGCAAAUGGUCACUUGGUCAAGAGAACAUCACGGUGGAUACGCUAGUCCUCAUUCGAGAACCAACUACGUCUCUAAGCUGGAAACUCGGCCGGAUCACGCAACUUCACCCCGGUCUGGACGGUGUGGUUCGAGUAGCAACGGUUCAGACAGCAAACGGUCUUCUCAAACGACCAACAGUGAAGCUAUGCCCACUACCUAUAUGUUGA